UUUAAUAAAUUAUCGUGGACGAUAUCCCCGGAAUUCGAGUCGCAAUUUAAAGCGCCGCGUGUCAAACACGCCUAAUCUAUAACGCACGCGAUUGGUCGCGUCCUACGCAUUUCCCACGUAUCAUUAGUUGCGAGUGACAGCUCGCUUGGUCCGCCAGGUGAUUACGAUUUCCAGCUGAUUUGGAUCUUGCAAACAAAUCGUUUCUAUCGAUCCGCCCGUCGUUAUAUCAUCGUCGUCGUUCACCAUUUGACAACGUUAUAUAUAUAUAUAAUCGGGAAGUAAAAUAUAACCUCGAAAAGAACGUUCAAUCAUGACGUUUUCGUCGUGAUGCGCGGCGUCUCAUCCUCUCCGUCGUGAGUGAUCGCGAUUUAGCGACGAGAGCGCUUCCAGGAGAGACGAUUACUUCCGAUUUGAAGAUCUCGGGUGAGAAAAAGAGUGAGAGGGAAAAAGAGAGGGACGAAAGGAAGGAAAAUAGGCAGAGUAUUGUCAUUGUCUUAGUUAAUGGCUGGCCGAGAGAAGAGCAUAAGGCAGUGAUUAAUGGUCGCGCUGAAUGACAGUCACGAACAAUUUCCAAAAUAGAAGUCGACUACACUUUUUACAAUGUACUUUUUAUCUACUUUGGAUGUAUUCACCAUAGUAAAUCUGACAAUUGUAUAAUGAACUGUUCGAGAGGAGUCUCAAUGAAAUCAUAAAAUGAUGAUAUAAAAUUGAUGAAAACGUGGAUGCUUCAACUGCUUCAAAAUGCGACCGUGUUGUUUAAAUCACCAAGUCCUUUUGUGGCUUAUCUUUUUGAUUCUGUGCGCUACAUACAGCAGCGCAGACAUCUUAGUGUUUUCCGCAGUGGCAAGGCAUCAGAUUGAAGAGGAGUUUCGUGAUAUGCCUGCCAAGUUUGGAGGCAUAAUACCAUCGGAAGGAAUUAAGGGCAUGGCAGUUUAUGCUAAUCCUCCAGCUGCGUGUCAGAAAAUUCAGCCUCCACCAAAUAUUACCGAUUACAAUGGAAAUUGGAUAGUUUUAAUACGACGUUAUAACUGUAGUUUUGAAAUAAAAGUUCGAAUGGCGCAAGAAGCUGGAUACGAUGCUGUUAUUGUACAUAAUGUGGACAGCAAUGAACUAGAACCAAUGUCAGCAAAGGAUCCUAUAGGAAUCAUGAUACCAGCUGUGUUUGUUGGCGAUGUUACAGGAUUAAUUAUAAAAGAAAAUUAUUUAUACGACCAGUUAUAUUUUCUAUUGAUUAACGAUGAUCUGCCGUUCAAUAUUAAUACGCACUUACUCUUGCCCUUUGCUAUUGUUGUUGGGAUAUGUUUCCUAAUCAUAGUUAUUUUUAUGAUCGUUAGAUGUAUAAAAGAUAGAAGGCGACAACGGAGACAUAGAUUACCUAGUUCUAUUAAAAAGAUUCCUACACACAAGUAUACAAAGGGUGAUCCAUACGAGACAUGUGCUAUUUGUUUAGAUGAUUAUGUGGAAGGAGAGAAGUUACGAGUUUUACCGUGUGCACAUGCUUAUCAUUCAAAAUGUAUUGACCCAUGGUUGACAAAAAACCGAAGGGUUUGUCCUGUCUGCAAAAGAAAGGUUUUUGCGGCUGACGAGCAGGUUGUGACCGACGAAAGUGAUUCGGAUGCCGAUGACACAACGCCUCUCAUUCGCGACGGUCAUCGAGGUACCCAAGGAGGAACAUUUGCACGACAGAGAGAGAAUCCUUUCAAUAGAGCCAGAAGAUUACAAUCUCGGCAGGAUUCUAACGAUAACUCUAGCGAUAAUAACUCUGAUUCCGACCAGUCAUUUACUACUAUUGAGGAUAAUAGUACUAGAGCUAGUGAACCAAGUAAUGUAACUUGUGUUUUCCUGGUAUCCGAAAACCAUAGCAUAAAUGGUGAACCACAAGAGUUAGAACGUUCAGUCAGCAGCACGAAACCACAUACGAUAAACUUGUACGCGGACGCUCAAGAAUUUCCCGUACCUGUUCACAUUGUGUCGUCGCGACGCGGAGUCGUGUCAGAUCUCGCGACGUCAAAUUCCGAUCGUUGUGUCGAUGUUCCGGAUGAUGCGAUGACGUUGGCCAGUAGUUCGCAGAACAGAAACAACGUCAUUACAUAAUGGCCUGACAUAACAAUGUGACUAUCAUUAUACAUUAUGAAUGUCUCGUGGAAAAAGGAGUCUUUUUUUUCCUUUGUGGGAGGAACAUUGGUACAAUAUUGGUGCACAGCGUUAUAGUAGAAGCGACGUAGGAUAAUGAGAACGGAUAAUCCGAAAGUAGGUAAGUAGAUAGUAUUUUUUAAUAUAGGCGAACUCUGUUAUAUUUUUCUCAAAUUAUGAUAUUACGACUUUGCUUUAUGCCAAAUAUUUGUUUGCACCUAAUAUGUCUGGUCUUUAUUUGAUAAAUUACAUAAUACAUCACAUUUUCCUUUCUUGUGCGACGAAUAUCACGCAGUGACGUAUCAUAGAUCAAUAACUCUAUAUUUUAUAAUUGCGAAUCUUUUGAGGGAAAUAUUAAUUUUAUAUUUUAGAUUGUGAAUUUAUGCGAGGCAUAAAACCUAAUGUAUAUAAUGAACGAUCUGUUAUUUACGUUCGAGAUAUUAUAUGUUGCUUUAUUUUAUUUUAUUUUAUUUUAUUUUUUUUUUGAUCCUUAAAGUCGUUUUCAAGAUAGUAAGACUGUGCUGGGUUGUAUGUGUGCGUGUGUGUGCGUAUGUAUGUAUGUAUGUAUGUGCGUACGGGUAAACUCUAAUUUACCAUUUCGUAACAUUAUUUUCUUAGCAAUUAUACGUAUAUGGCCUAUUUGAUUUUUGGUUACACUGUACGAGAUUAAAUUUAUUCGAAAUUGCGUAUUUCUCGUCAUAUGGUUACCAAGCUAUAAACAUGAUUUGUUAUAUAAGUACGAUUUGUUAUGUUUAUAAAUAUAUGAUUACGUUAAUGGUAAAUGACGAACACGCGUGAUAUUGUAAAGUGAUGAACGUUUUUGACGUCGGAUCUGUAAAUAUUAUCUGUUCAUAUAUACAUAUAAUACAUACAGUCUCAAGAGACUAAAAAUAUAUAAAAUCCUUUUAAUGCAGGACAUAAAAUACUGUGAACGACAAAAUAAAUUUCAAGUUUAGAUAUUAACUUGAUCAAGUUAAAUCUUUAAUAUUAAGUUUUAUGAAAAAUUUAUUGUUAUUUAACAUAUAUGCUAAUUAAUUGUAUGUGAGCUAACUAUACUGUUUUAUAUAAAAAAGAUAAAAUAAUACUUAUUAUAUAAAAUGAGCUGUAUACAAUAUGAUGUAUCCAGAAUUACAUGUAAAUUUCGUUACUGUCAAAUAACAUGUCUCUUUAUCUGAUUUUUCAUCGACAACAAUAGAAGCAAAAGUUGCGACAAUUCUAAUGUGAAACAGUUGUAUAAUUUAAAUUUAAAUCAAAUAUCAGAGAGACAUCAACGCUGUCAACAGACUCUCUACAUUAUUUUAUUAUGGCUGUUAUUUUAUUUUAUAGCUCCAUUAUUUUAUUGUAACAUUUUAAGAAAGAUCCGCUCGAGAGUUUAUUUAUAAUGAGAAAAACAAGAGGACUCGUAUCGAACAAUAUUCUGAUGCUUAUUUAUAUUGCAGAGACACAUACAUACACACACGCGCACGCGCACGUGAUUUAGUUUCGAGAAAAGUAAAUGCAAAAAUUAAUUGCAAAUAGAAUGUAACGCGGCAAGAUUGUAAAAAGAUUUGUAAAUAGCAUCGGAGAAAUUUCAUUAUAUAUAAAUAGAACGUGAAAAAUAUUUUUAUUUGUUUUUAUAAUUGCCAAAUCGGGACACAAGAGUAUUUGCUAUGAUCUUAUUGUUUAACGAUAUAUAAAUGUAAUAUAUUAAUCUAUUAAUAAAAAUGCAAUGUAUUUAUAUUUUUUAUUGUAUAAUAUAUAAUUUGUCUUAGCCAAGAGACAUAGGAAGCACAGAUUGUUUGUAAGCGAGCAUAAGUAAAUAUUUUAAAAGAGAUAGUGAUAUUUAAUGGAUUAUAUAUCUUACUCUUUUAUUGAGAAUAGAAUGGGAAAUCUAUGUUCAUUAAAAGAAGAUAGUGAAAUCUAUCAAGUAGGUCUAUAUCCUUUUUACUCGCGAGUGUUUUUUACUUACGAUAACGAUAUAAUAAGAACAGUAUAUGCUUCCUAUAUCUGUGGCUUUAGUCUCAUAAGACAUGGUAUACUUUAUUGUUUUUACGAUAAGCGAUACGUCUCGGUAAUGGAUGGCAAAACAAAGUUAAAAUUUAAAUAAUCUACAAAUUGAGAAGCUGUAGAUUAUGAAAUAAAAUAAAACGAUCUGUAAAUAUUAUAGCAAGAAUUUGUAAAAAGAAUAUAUGUCAAAUUUAUCGAAUAAGCGAUCUCUCCCAAGAGAAUUGAAAUUGUUAAUGUUCAAUCUGUAAAAAGCUACGAAUUAAUUACAAAGAUUUUUCUAAGAUUAUAGAUCAAACAAAUUGUAAGGAGUUUCUCGUAUAGAAGCUAUAUCUAGCGUGUUGGAAAUCCAAAGAUAUAGAAUCUUACAAGUU